AUGAACGGUUUCCCUACUCAAGAAAAGCCAGCUGCAGAACCAGGUUUCUUUAGCACCCCUAUCGGUAAGAUUGGUCUUAAUGUUGUUUUGUUUGUUGCAGGUAUUGCACUAAUUCAAUCUCCAGUCAUGGACAUGAUGGUUCCACAAUUCGAUUAA